UGGAUAUGGUAAGACUAUAGAAGUUCCGAAAUAUAACUAACAGCUUCUUACCUGUUCCUUCCUGACCCUUUCAUGAUCUGUCAUGGACUCUAAGGAUCAUUGCCCCUUCCAUCCUGAGGACAGUGAGCUCUCCUGAUCUUCCACUUUCUGACCUCACUUUGCUCUGGUUCUCUUUCCCCAAAAGCCACUCAGGGAUCCUCAUGGGAAGUUUUGGGACUAAUACCUCUAGCACCACCAGCUUCACACUAACAGGCUUCCCAGAGAUGGAGGGCCUACAGCACUGGUUAGCGGCCCUCCUCUUGCUGCUUUAUGCUGUCUCCGCCCUGGGUAACAUCCUAAUUCUCUUCAUCAUAAAGGAGGAGCAGAGCUUGCACCAGCCUAUGUACUACUUCCUGUCUCUGUUGUCUGUCAAUGACCUGGGCGUGUCCUUUUCUACAUUGCCCACCGUACUGGCUGCCUUGUGCUUUCAUGCCCCGGAGACUGCCUUCGAUGCCUGCUUGACCCAGAUGUUCUUCAUCCACCUUUUCUCCUGGACAGAAUCUGGGAUCUUGCUGGCCAUGAGUUUUGAUCGCUAUGUGGCCAUCUGUAACCCUUUGCGUUAUUCUUCAGUGCUCACUGAUAUCCGUGUGGCUCACAUGGGCAUAUCCAUCAUCAUCCGCAGCUUCUGCAUGGUCUUUCCAUUGCCAUUCCUUCUGAAGAGGCUGCCUUUCUGUAAGGCCAAUGUGUUAACCCAUUCCUACUGUUUGCACCCAGACCUGAUCCGCCUGCCCUGUGGAGAUACCACCAUCAAUAGCAUGUAUGGCUUGUUCAUUGUUAUCUCUGCCUUUGGUGUAGACUCAGUGCUCAUCCUCCUCUCCUAUGUGCUCAUACUGCGCUCUGUACUGGCCAUUGCCUCCCAGGAGGAGAGGCUUAAGACACUCAAUACAUGUGUGUCACACAUCUGUGCUGUGCUCAUCUUCUAUGUACCCAUGGUUAGUGUGUCCAUGGUUCAUCGAUUUGGGAAGAAUGCCCCUGAGUAUGUGCACAAGUUAAUGUCCCUGGUAUAUCUCUUUGUGCCUCCAAUGCUCAACCCAAUUAUCUAUUCCAUUAAGACUAAAGAAAUUCGUAAGAGGCUACACAAAAUGUUUUUUAAGCCUAAGCUUUGA